UUUUUUUUUGGAGGGCAACCCAAGAGAGUUCGUUGGAGUUUCAGGUUCUACUGUUCAUUCUUUUCCCUCAAUUCAAUCUUGCAACUAUUUUCUUGAUUUCCAAAGUUUAAUGUAGUUUGAAUCACACCAAAAACCAUUCAACAAUUCAUCACAAUCUUCAACCUAGGGUUUGAAUAACUACAUAUUACCCUACCCUUUGUUGGUUACUUCAAGUCACAUUGUUAUGCUUGGUUUAAUUCUAUGAUUGUGUUAUGUUUCUGAAUCUUGGUUGUAAUGAGGGAUGUGAAAAUACCCAAUUGGCUCAAAGGGUUGCCAUUGGCACCCGAAUUUCGCCCAACUGACACUGAAUUUGCAGACCCAAUUCACAUUUCAAGAAUUGAGAAAGAAGCUAGUGCUUUUGGUAUAUGUAAGGUUAUUCCACCAUUGCCCAAACCUUCAAAAAAAUAUGUGAUUUCUAACUUGAACAAGUCAUUCUUAAAGUGCCCGGAGUUGGGUCCGAAUACAAACUUGGCAGAGGUUUGUUCUUCAUCGAAAACAGAUUCUGGGAAUGAGGCAAAUGACAGGGAGGCCAGGGCAGUAUUUACCACAAGGCAUCAAGAAUUGGGUCAGAAUGCAAGGACAAUCAAGAAAGUUGUUCGUAAGCAAGUAUGGCAAAGCGGCCAAAUUUAUACGCCGGAGCAGUUUGAAUCUAAGUCGAAGACUUUUGCUCGGAGCCAAUUUGGUAUGGUGAAGGACCUUUCUCCGUUAGACAUAGAAGCACUGUUUUGGAAGGCAGUUUCUGAGAAGCCCAUAAAUAUAGAGUACGCAAAUGAUGUACCUGGAUCUGGGUUUGGAGAACCAGAGGGAUCAUUUCAGUAUUUUUAUAGACAAACGAGGAGGAGAAAGAGGACAUACAAUCGAAACAGUGGAGGAAGUUGUGAUAGCAAGAAAUAUCAAGUAAAUAACACGAGCAAUGGCGGUGAAAAUAGAGGGGUAUCAACCAAGAAUAGUUCUAAUUCUUUUAGAGAGACAUCCAGGGUGUCUAUUAGUUUACCAACCAUUUUGUCAAAUCAAACAUCAGGAUGUUCUAGGCAAAAGAGUUCAAAUGCUGCUAAUGAGAUGGAAGGUACUGCUGGUUGGAAGCUUUCAAACAGUCCUUGGAACUUACAAGUAAUCGCACGCUCACCUGGCUCACUUACGCGUUUCAUGCCAGAUGAUAUUCCGGGUGUUACUUCACCCAUGGCCUAUAUUGGUAUGUUAUUCAGUUGGUUUGCUUGGCAUGUUGAAGAUCAUGAGCUUCACAGCUUGAAUUUCCUUCACACUGGCUCUCCAAAGACUUGGUACGCAGUCCCAGGAGACUAUGCAUUUUCUUUUGAAGAAGUGAUUCGUAACCAGGCUUAUGGAGGAAAUAUUGAUCACUUAGCUUCUCUUACACUCUUGGGUGAGAAGACUACUCUUUUAUCACCUGAAGUUGUUGUUAAGUCAGGCAUUCCAUGUUGCAGAUUGAUUCAGAACCCUGGUGAAUUUGUUGCAACUUUUCCAAGGGCUUACCAUGUAGGAUUCAGCCAUGGUUUUAAUUGUGGGGAAGCUGCAAACUUUGGAACUUCUAAGUGGCUUAAAGUUGCUAAGGAAGCUGCGGUGCGUAGAGCUGCUAUGAAUUAUCUUCCCAUGCUUUCCCAUCAGCAACUGCUAUACCUGUUGACCAUGUCUUUUGUUUCAAGAGUGCCAAGAUCCUUAAUGCCAGGGGCACGAAAAUCUCGUCUGAGAGAUUGCCAGAAGGAAGAGAGAGAGCUGUCAGUUAAGAAGGCUUUCUUAGAAGAUAUAUUAAGCGAAAACAAUCUGUUAACCAUUCUUCUUGGAAAAAAUUCCUCGUGUCAUGCAGUACUAUGGGACCUGGAAUCACUACCAUCUCCAAGUAAAGAGUCUGAAAGGUGCAUUGCAACUGUUGUGACCACUCCAAGAGAAGAUGUCUGUUCUGAGAAUAAGAAUAUAGAAACCAUGGAUGAUUUGUAUUUCAAUGAUGCUGAUUUCUCAUGUGAUUUUGAAGUUGAUUCCAGGACAUUAGCAUGUGUGGCUUGUGGGAUUCUUGGCUUUCCAUUUAUGUGUGUGGUACAACCUUCUGAGAGAGUAUCAAUGAGCCUUCUGCAAGAUGUAGGAGUGUCAAAACCUCUGAGGUGUCACUCCCAUCCAGUCCUCCAUGACAUGAUUGAGGGUUUUAUUUCAGAUGGAAUGAAGGACAAGAUUGAGCAGAAUGAGAGCAAUGUGCUUCACCAUCAAAAUGGAGCAUUUUCAAGUGCCAAAUCUAUCAAAUCUACGCUCCUCAGAGGAUCUAUCAACUUUCAAAAAAUGAAGGCACAUGCUGCAGUGAUUGCCGAGGAAAUUGGUAGCCCUUUCGGGUACAAUGAAAUUCCACUGGAUAAUGCAUCCCAGGAAGGUUUGAAUUUGAUUGAUCUUGCAAUUGAUGAUGAAGAACACGAUGAAUGUAGAGAAGACUGGACCUCGAAACUAAGCAUCAACUUACGGCACUGUGUCAAGGUCAGAAAAAAUUCUCCGUCCGAACAAGUGCAUCAUGCAUUAGCAUUGGGUGGAUUGUUCUCUGACAGGUGUCCAAGUUCCAACACCUUCAAUCUUAAGUGGCCAUCAAGAAAAUCUUGGUCAAAACAAAACUCAUAUCACUCAGUCCAUAUGAAACCAUCUGAGAGCAUUCAAAUGGAAAAGGAUGAAGUGUGGGGAGAAGAGUCAGAUGGUAUCAUGGUUAGAAGAGAAGGAGAACUUAUUCAAUAUUCAAGAAGAUUCAAGUCGAAGCCCGGUGAUUAUGCAACAGCAAGUAAGAUCUUUGAACACCCUGCGAAGCACAUGCACAAUGAAGUUUCAGUUACUAAUUCUGGAGGUCCAGAUGAAAGCAUCACUCUCAUUGCUGUUGAAAGUACUGAAAAUUUUGACAUACAGAGAGAGAAUCAAAUUACAGAGGAAAUCAGCAUGAAAUAUGUGGCUUGUGCAGAUGCUUCUGAAGGGCAAUGCAAUAUCCAGUCCGAUGGAGAUGUCUUGAUGAAAGAGGCCCCUGAUCUUGUUAAUACCAUGAACACUGAUGAAGUGCUGAGCAGUCUUGAGAAUUGUUCUUCACAUGACAAGAUAGAGCUGGAAAACACGGGCUUCACCAUGGUGUGCCCAAGAUCAACUGCACAAAAUGGAAGGAAAAGAAGAAUAGAUGUGGAGCUGCAAACAGAAGAUCAACUCGAUUUCAAUUGCUUCAUUAAGAGUCCAUGUGAAAGGCUGAGGCCAAGGGCUGCGAAAGACGCAAAAAUCAGUGGAAUCGACAGUAACAGUAUGUUCGAGGAUAAACCAGCAGUAAAAUCUGUGAGGAAAUCUUCAAACGAUUUUCUUUCUCGCAAGAACAAAAAAAAGAACGAGAACGUAAAGGGAUCUCAUAGGUGUGAUUUAGAAGGCUGCCUAAUGAAAUUUCAGACGAAGGCGGAUCUACUCUUGCAUAAACGCAACCAGUGUCCACACAAAGGGUGUGGAAAGAAGUUCAGCUCUCACAAAUAUGCAGUGAUACAUCAACGCGUUCAUGAUGACGAUAGGCCUCUCAAAUGCCUGUGGAAGGGUUGCACCAUGACAUUCAAGUGGGCAUGGGCUAGGACCGAGCAUUUACGAGUGCACACUGGGGAGCGGCCAUACCAGUGCAAGGUUGAAGGUUGCGGCCUUACUUUCAGGUUUGUAUCUGAUUUUAGCAGACACAGAUGGAAAACCGGACAUUACGUGAAUGUACCAACCUAACAUUGUUGUUCUGUUCAGGUUAGAUCUGUAACUAUAUGGGAAUUCUGGGCCAAAACAUGUCUCAGAAGCCAUGUGUAAAAGUAGUAAUUGAUGAUUUUGAGUACAGGUUAGGGUUAGUUGUUAGACAGAAACUCCAAUUUUUCUGUAUUGUCACUUGUAGAUUAAAGCCCUUGUGGGUUUUGGGGGAUUUUUUAAAUUUCAUUUUUUACAUGGUUAGGGUUCA